CAGUUGUCCCCGGACACGGUAGUGGAGGCUUUAUUAUAAAUAUGGAGCCUGCAGGCCCUGAGGCUGGGGAACGGUCCUCCGGGCUGGAGGCUCCGGGAUCCACGGACGACCGGCUUUUCCUGGUUAAAGGUGGACUUUUCCUAGGUACUGUUGCUGCUGCAGGAAUGCUAGCUGGAUUUGUUACAACAUUAUCAUUGGCUAAAAAGAGAAGCCCUGAAUGGUUCAAUAAGGGGAGCCUGGCAACCGCCGCUCUCCCGGAGAGCGGGUCGUCCCUGGCCUUGCGAGCCCUGGGCUGGGGCUCCCUGUACGCAUGGUGUGGGGUUGGCGUGAUCAGCUUCGCCGUCUGGAAGGCUUUAGGAGUUCACAGUAUGAAAGACUUCAGAAGUAAAAUGCAAUCCAUAUUUCCAGCAAUUCCCAAGAACUCCAAAUCUGCUGUGGAGUGGGAGGAGGCCCUGAAAUCCAAAUGAGAUGAGCGUGGUGGGUGAAUUCCAAAACGGUGGAGUGCAGAAAGACAGCAAACAGCGAAGGGACUCGUUGAUUUCCCCUCAGGAAGGACACGCAGACUAUUGUCCGAACCCACGGGAUGGACGGCGUUCGGUGCGUUCAACAUCUUUCACGUUCCUUGCUCACACAGGAGUGUGUGUGUGGUGUUGCGGGGAGGGCGAAGUUUUCCCAAAGUUCAGAAGACUGUAAAAAUAACGACACAGACAACUUUUCUAUGUGGAGGAGAUCUCCAGGGAAUCACUUCUGUGUAUGCCUGCAACAGUUGAAACUGAGUUUUUACCUGAUGGAAAAUCUUUGUAACAGACUCCUCCCAGCAGCAGUACCCAGUGUGUCUAAUUAAAUGAGUUUCAGUCGUC